GAUCAGUACUAUUCUGUGCGUCAAACUAGAACAAACCCGGUUGUUUUGUGAAUCUUUCCAUUAAUUGGCAAGAAACUUCAGAAAACUGUGAUAUAUUUUGUUUUAGAUAAACAAAAAGUGUGAAAUUUAAUUAAACCGAGAAUCAACAUGCUGAAACUGAUCGUUUCUAUCUCUGCACUGCUGGUCGUGCUGGUAUCCGCAGCCCCCGCUGCCGAUGAUGCUCAUGCCAACAUUCUCACCCAAGAAAGUGUCCUGAACCCCGAUGGAAAAUACGCGUGGAAAUUCUCCACCAGCAAUGGCAUCCAGGCGGAGGAAAGCGGUCAGGGUGGCGUAGCCGUGGAAGGAUCCGCCUCUUGGGUCGGCGAGGACGGUGUCCCAAUUGUGCUCACUUACACCGCGGACGAAAAUGGAUACCACCCACAGGGCGUCCAUCUGCCCACUCCACCCCCAGUGCCGGACUACAUUCUGCGAGCUCUGCGAUACAUCGAAGCCCGAAAUGCACAGAAUGUGUAAAUUCAACGGAAUGCAAGGUGCUAAAACACAAAAUGUGAUUCAUUUUUUUUAUUCGAAUAUAUCGGCGCUCAAAUACACACACAAUCACUCAUUAUCGACAGCAGCCAUCUCUAAUGUAAAUCAGCAGCGAUAAUUUUAAGUUUAUCGAUAGGUCAUAAGACAAUAAAAAUAUAGCUUUGAUAAAAA